AUGGUUGGGGUUCCUCGCAGCAAAGGCUGUUCGCUCUGUCGGAAGAGACGUAUCAGGUGUCGCAAAUAUGGCGCCGCGUGUCCCGGCUACAAGCGCUCUCUGAAGUUCCAGGACGAGGGACCUCGUCUGCAGGAACGGUACCUCAUUACCUCCCCAGAUACGGAUGGGAGUGAUGAGGGAUUAAGUCCAGUGUCAGACUCGUUGCCGGUAAAAGCCCAGAGGCAAAUGCGUUGCUUUGUGGGUCCCUCCCUCGACGAGCGGGUUUGUCCGUCCCUGGCAUACAAAUCGUUCUUGGGUCAGCAGCCACGCCUUUUCAAAGAAUUUGUCUGCGCCUCGUUCCCGACCAUGUAUUAUCAUAAUGAAUUUCGAUUUGGACCCGGUUUUACCUUCCCGGACAACGUUGUCAAAAAGUUUGGCUCCAAACCUUACUACGAUGCCACCGUGAUGUCUCUGUCCAUAGCCUGGCUUGCACAUCAGACAAAGGAUCCGAACUUAGAAUAUGCAAGUCGACAAAAGUACGCAGAAGCCUUGAGUGGUAUCAAAUAUGCCCUGACAUCGGAAGAUACCGUGUCGGACGCCCUGUUGAUGGCCGUCAUACUGCUGGCCUUCUAUGAGAUGAACGUACGCACCACGGAAGAUGCGUGGCUCUUCCAUGCCAACGCAGUGAAGCAGCUGAUGAAGAAGCGUGGCAUGAGAGCCCAUUUGAGUGGCCCGGGGCGUGUGUGUCACUUUGCCUUCAGGCCAUUUCUGAUUGGCGCUGCCCUCCAGAAGGGUGAAUCAUGUUUCUUAGAUGAGGAUUCAUGGCAGGACUUGGCAGCAUCUUUACGGAGCGAAGAUUCUCGGAAGCAAAACGAAUGGGCAUUCUAUAUCGACGUCUAUGAGACUAUCUUCAUGGAGCUUGUUAAGUGUCCCGGCUAUAUCAAGGAAGCCCGGGAAAUCGUUUCUGUGACCUCACCAGAGGCCAAAUCUCUGGCUCAACGUAUUCGUACAACAUGCGAUCGACUGCGACGGCUAAGCAAAGAAAUGCGAACCUUACUCAGUGCGCAUAACCAGCGAAAACAGGGCAUCACUCUCCGCUUCGUCGGACCGGAGCCCAAACUCUUCCCGGACACGAGCCCAUCUCUUCUUCUCCGUGCUGGGGUCGAUGCUGUCCGUAUCCUCGAACAAAUCUUAGAUCGAAUCACCAUUCCCACACCGACCGUGGAACAGACUUUAAUCAUCCGUGAUGGAGCGAUAACACCCGUGUCAAGCCCAGGCAGCUCAGGCGAUGCGGACAGUCCACCACUUCUCUCCUUCGGUUUGUCCUGCGAACUCGGGAACGGUCCACAGGCCACGGUCGGUAAUGAUGCAGAACUCGCAUUGACCUGGCUGGAUCGGGUCGCCGGGGCAAUGGGGCUAUUAGGAGCGGAAAUCACUUACGGAAUGAAGCCGGGAAUCCAAACAGAUCUUGCUCUGCGAACUGUUCGCACGUUAACCCCAGUGGAUGACGACCUCCCGGAGCCUCGUAGGUCGUCGGACUGA